AUGGCCGCCAAAGAAACCGAACUCCAAGAGGUCUCCCUCGCCCUGCGCACCGCACGGGCAAACAAAACCCCAAUCCCAACCCCCAGCAAAACCUGGCCCACCCUCGACGCCGAAGACGGGUUCAAGGUCCAACAAAUCAACACCGAGCACGCAGUCAAGAACGGCGACCGUCUAGUGGGCUACAAGCUCGGCAACAUCGCCAAAGUAAUGCAAGACGCCUUCAGGCUCGACCACCCAGACUACGGGUUCCUGCUCGCCAGCACCUUCGUCUACGAAAGUACCACCGUCCACCUGAAAGACUACAUCAAGCCCUACGUCGAACUGGAACCGGCAUUCGUUCUUCACAAACCACUCAAGGGUCCUAAUGUCACAGUCGCGGACGUGAUUAACGCCAUCGACUACGCUAUCCCCGCCAUCGAGAUCAUCGAUUCCCGGGUGCAGAACUGGGAGAUUGGACUUGCGGAUACGCUAGCUGAUAAUGGGUCUACGGGUGCUGUUAUCCUCGGUGGAACUCCGAGGAAGUUGACUGAGCUUACGCUAAGGGAUACAAGGGGUACGUUGCGGUUUAAUGAUAAGCAGGUUAUGGAUGGGAAUACGGCCAAUGUACUUGGGAAUCCUAUCUCGGCGGUGGCGUGGUUGGUCAAUCGGUUGGCGGCUUAUGAUAUUGAGUUUCUGCCGGGGCAGGUUAUUCUUCCUGGGAGUUGUUUGCAGGCUGUGCCUAUGACGGAGGCUGGGCAUUGGAAUUGUACUUUUGAGGGGUGGGGGAGUGUUGAGUUUGAUGUUGUGUAG